CGAGAUUGGACCUCCACAGUGUAGCAAAUCUGCAAGGAUUAAUACAGGUCAAUAGACCUUCAAUCCUUAUUACUGAAAACUGAAGACCUUGAAGUCAUUUUUUCUCUGUUUCAUUAACAGUCAUUCGAGCCCGUGCAAUAGUAUAUAAGUACUCUUUGUCGGUAUACGUUAAAAGUGCAUUUCGUAAAGUUAUGGCUUUGGAUCUUUCAAGUGUGAAUGACACUUCUUUCGAAGAAACUGGCUCAAAUACAACCUAUAAUUGCGUUUUCCUAUCCUCAGAAGUUAUUUCUUUUCCUGGGACUAAUAAUAUUCUCUUUUAUAUAUCUGAAAUAGGUCAUUUAAUUUUGGCAAACUUCUUCGUUGAACAUUCCAAUGGAAGUUACAUACUUAAAAAACUUCCACAUAUCAAAUUUCCACAUGAUUCAUCCGAUUUACCAACAAAUCUAUCUUUGGAUAAAAGUCUCCCAGCUCAAGAAAAUGUGAUAUCACAACUUUCAGUAAAUGAUUGUUCAAAUGUAUUGGAUUUAAACUUUCCUAGUAAAUUUGGACGUAUUGAGACAGAUAUACAGUCUUCAGCUAUAGAUUGCACAAAUGUUUGUCAUGUUCAAACAUGUUUACAACAGACACCAGUUAGUUCAUCAUCUUUGAACGUACCAGAUUUAGAAAAUCCAGCUAAUUCUACCAUUCCCCGUCCACAAUGUGAAAACAGUUCAGUUAAUAUGAAUAAAAGUAAAAAUUCUUCGUCUCGCAUUUCACGAUCAAAAUUUUUAGGACAAAUCGUUUGUGAACUCCUGCACAAAAUGAAGAGUCGUAUGACGUCAUCGGAGAAUCAAGAAAUCAUCAUUCAAGGACAUAAUUUAACUGAACUGGAACAUUUUGUUAAACACUUGCGAGAGUUUCGUCUACGUUUAGGUCUUUCACAAGUUCAACUAGGUAUAGAAAUUUCAAAACAUUUUAACGAUAAAGCCUUAUGUAGUCAAACUCUUCUGUCAAGGUUUGAGAAGUUAAAUGUCACUGUUAGAUCUGCUUAUCGGCUUUUGCCCUAUCUAAAACGUUGGAUUUCACAUGCUGAACAAAAUCAUUGUGGUCAAAUCACCAUUGAAAAAUUGCCCGUUUUUCAUCGUUCGAUUCCUGUACGUGCUGUAGGCAACUCCCGGUUAACUACAUUGGCUCGCUUAGGACGUACCAUUUAUAAUUCUUCAUCCUCCUCUUCUUCAACUUCACCUGUUUUAGCUCUUGUAAAUAAACAGACCAAAGACAAUGAUAAUGCAGCUAAUUGUCCCACAGAUCACUCUUCACUUUCAGAGAUAACUUCUGAUAUAUCUGAAUUCAGUUGUAAAUUACCAGAUCCACAACAAAAAAGAUGUCGGCGUCGCCGUACUUAUUUUUCCCCAAAAGCUUUAUCAAUAUUAACUGAAUUUUAUUCUACAAAUACUCGACCGAAAGGUACUGAUUUCACUGAAUUAGCAUCACGGAUUGGCUGUGAUAGAGAAUCAGUUCGAGUUUGGUUCUGUAAUAGACGUCAAUUAGACCAUGAAUGCUCACAAAAGGUUUAGAGUGACCGAUUCAGUAGAUUUGUAAAAUUUUUAUCAGUAGACCAAUUACUUACUUUCUUGUUUAAUCCAAUUUAUUGUAUCGUCGAAAAAUUUUGGAGAAAAUCACUAUUUGAGAAUUAAUGUUCUCAAAAAUUUGUACAUUUUUUAUAAGUUGUUUCAACCAAAUUUUUAUGGUGUUAAUCCUCCAUUGAGACCUAAGCUCCAUAAUAAAAUGUCUUGUUCUAUAUUAUU